AGACACGACACCUCUUCAUCCACUGGGAGCGCGAAAGCGUUACCACAGGGCCAUUGGGAGUUGGAACUUAGUGGCAAUUGUCCAAGCUGCCAUCAUCAUCACAAGUCCACCAAGGUACACGUCAGGGCAUCCGGUGACUCGAACCAUGUCUGCGAUAUGGGCGAGAUCUACUGUGAAAAAUGUAAACGGCUGUGGUUGGACUUUGGUAGAAGGAACUCCACUCGGCUCUCUCUGGUGUCUGUGAAGACCAUCGAGCCGGACCCCCUGGAAAAAGACUUUCAUUCUACUCUUGUCAAGAUGAUACGUCCCAUAACUACUGUCGCUACGCUGUCUCCCACACUUGCGGAUAUUCCGGAGUCGUCUUCAGCCAGUCCAUCACGCGAGCCUUCUUUGCGAUCAAAUUCUCGUCGUGGUAUUCGGGUAACGUCACCGUCCAUUGCCAGUAACGCGAUCACGGAGCACCACAGCGCAGCAGACGCAAACUCCCUGACCUUCCCUUCGGCGCAAAAGACCAAGGCUUCGCUGGGCAGGGCUCAUGCUGCUCGAACCUCAUUCUUGUCACAAGUGAGCAGUAGGAUUCGCGACAAGUUUCCGCUGUUGAAAACCAGCCGCUUGACAACGUGGAUGAAAUCUUCUCAAGGGGAUAAACUCAGCCCAAAUCGCCGAGGGAAGCUACCCGUUUCAGAACCCGGGUUUUCGCCUGUGAUUCCCGCUUUGCACGCUCCCGUGACCGGCAGCGUGGAGGCCCAAGUGCAUACCGGUCCCACUGCGAAGAAAGAACCCGACGUCGUGGACGUUUUCACACCUUCGACCACCGCCGUUGAGGCCUUGGAAUCGCUGAAGAUUCUGGAUCACGAAGAAAUUCGAGCAAUGAAUCGGGAGCAACGCAUCAACUGGAUGCGUGGGAAGCUUACCGCCUUCAAGCGAGAUGCGAUGCCUUUUCAUCCGUCUUCUGUUCCCAUCAUGGUGGACCUUCAACCAGAUCCCUCAACUCCACCUACUCGUCACGACUCCGAAUUGGCAUUUGUAGGGAACAAUUUUGGUUCGUUUCACUACUGGGAAACUUUUCGUGGCAGUAAUGCCACGCUCAACGGCUGGCCACCCAGCAUGAGCGAGCCUCCCCUGUCAGAGGCGGAUACGGCUCGGGACCGUCAUGGGUCCAGCUCAACUCGUCCUCGCUCGUUUCAAGGCGUGGUGCAAGAUUGGCAGCAAAUCCGCCAAAACAGGGCCGAGGCUCGUCGGUCAUUCGACUCGGCCGCAACUGGAGGGGCUGUCAGAAGUAUUACCGCUGCCAGGGGUCGUGGCCCCAACCGCCUGUCUCGGACAUCGAUGGGUCGCCCCGAGCCCUUCGUGUCGCAAGUCCAGCUUCCACUGCAUGAAGAGUCUGAGCAGCCCAGCGGCCAGGAACAGAUCAGGUCUUCUUCUCCGUCGCUGCCA